UUCGGUCUUUCCGAUUUUGAAUUUCGAGGAUAUAGCGUCCAGUGUGUUAGUGAUCGGAUUUUGUUAGCACAGCAUCGCCAAUUAUAAAUCUCUGCAAAGUUUCGUAAAAACAGCUCUGAAAAAAGCUUAAUCUGCAAAGAUGGGCAAGGAGAAGAUCCAUAUUAACAUUGUGGUCAUCGGCCAUGUGGACUCCGGCAAGUCGACGACCACCGGCCACCUGAUCUACAAAUGCGGCGGCAUCGACAAGCGUACGAUCGAGAAGUUCGAGAAGGAGGCCCAGGAGAUGGGCAAGGGCUCCUUCAAGUACGCCUGGGUGCUGGACAAGCUGAAGGCGGAGCGAGAGCGCGGCAUCACCAUCGACAUUGCCCUGUGGAAGUUCGAGACGGCCAAGUACUAUGUGACCAUUAUCGAUGCGCCCGGCCAUAGGGAUUUCAUCAAGAACAUGAUCACCGGUACCUCGCAGGCCGACUGCGCGGUGCUCAUCGUGGCCGCCGGAACCGGAGAGUUCGAGGCCGGGAUCUCCAAGAACGGGCAGACCCGCGAGCACGCCCUCUUGGCCUUCACGCUGGGCGUGAAGCAGCUGAUUGUGGGCGUCAACAAGAUGGACUCCACCGAGCCGCCUUACAGCGAGGCCCGCUACGAGGAGAUCAAGAAGGAGGUCUCCUCGUACAUCAAGAAGAUCGGCUACAACCCGGCCUCGGUGGCCUUCGUGCCCAUCUCCGGCUGGCAUGGCGACAACAUGCUGGAGCCCUCCGAGAAGAUGCCCUGGUUCAAGGGAUGGUCCGUGGAGCGCAAGGAGGGCAAGGCGGAGGGCAAGUGCUUGAUCGACGCGCUGGACGCGAUCCUGCCGCCCCAGCGUCCCACCGACAAGCCGCUGCGCCUGCCGCUGCAGGACGUCUACAAGAUCGGAGGCAUCGGCACCGUACCAGUGGGCCGAGUGGAGACUGGUCUCCUCAAGCCAGGCAUGGUCGUCAACUUCGCUCCGGUCAACCUGGUCACCGAAGUGAAGUCUGUGGAGAUGCACCACGAGGCUCUCACCGAGGCGAUGCCCGGCGACAACGUCGGCUUCAACGUGAAGAACGUGUCUGUGAAGGAGCUGCGUCGCGGCUACGUGGCCGGCGAUUCCAAGAACAAUCCUCCCAGGGGAGCAGCCGAUUUCACCGCUCAGGUCAUUGUGCUGAACCAUCCGGGCCAGAUAGCCAAUGGCUAUACUCCCGUCUUGGAUUGCCACACGGCCCACAUAGCCUGCAAGUUUGCCGAGAUCAAGGAGAAGUGCGACCGCCGUACGGGCAAGACCACCGAGACGGAGCCGAAGGCCAUCAAGUCCGGGGACGCGGCCAUCAUUGUGCUGGUGCCCAGCAAGCCGCUGUGCGUCGAGAGCUUCCAGGAGUUCCCACCGCUGGGACGGUUCGCUGUGCGCGACAUGCGGCAGACCGUGGCCGUGGGCGUCAUCAAGUCGGUCAACUUUAAAGAGACGACCUCGGGCAAGGUGACAAAAGCCGCUGAGAAGGCACAGAAGAAGAAAUAACUAGGGUGCCAGCAGAACUACAUCACUCGAACCCAACAACAAGAACAACAACAACAGCAGACGGCUAGAGCAACAGCAACAACAACACCACACAACAACACACAUGUCAAAAUUAUAAUAUCCACUCGACGAUCAAAAGCAAACCUUAGCUCCGUGGCAACCAAGACACCAAUUACUACUAACACCAGCUGCAGGCAGGGGCAGAUACAGAUAUUAUAUGAGAUCGAUCAGAUAAUACCCUAUAUGAUAACCACGCGUACGAUUAGCGAGGAGAGGAGCAGGAGCAGCAGCUGCAGCGAGGAAGCCAAGAAGGAGGAGGAGUCCUUCCAGCUCGCCGGGUCGGUUCUAUUCGCCUUCGCCCUGGUGGUCUACUGCAGCUAUCUGAACUUGUAUCGCCACCGCAAGUCCUUCCGCAGGAAACCACCCACUUGCCACUCCGCAGAGUGAACAGGGUCCUCCGGAUUCGGAUCCCGAGCACUGCUGUAGCCUGCCCCCUCGAUAUAUACUCAUCUACAACUAACCUUACAUUUGAUUAGCAGCCACCACACAUCCGGUCGUGCAUCAUCCACCUGUUUCGAAUGGAUUUUAAACACUUUUUAUACUUUUGAUAAGUCAAGUCGGAGGCAUUCGAUUUAAAAUCUAUUAUACAAUGUAAUUUCCGAAUUUAGUUUUAAACCACGCCUACGCCCCCUGAGUCCCCCAAAAAUGAAGAAGACUACAUUCGCAAUGAAUUCAAAAUUUCUCUUGAAACCAAAAGACAAAUGCUUAAGAAGUAUUACAAAAAACAAAAAGAAAUCAACAUAAAACACAUAAUCAUGCGGUUUUUGAAAACAUUCAAAAUGUUUAAUCGAGCCUCAUUUGCAUUUGCAUACUACAAUUAUAUACGUUAACCACAUGUCAUCGCAUUGCCCAUAACCAGCAUAUAUACACGUUACUCUCUCACACUCUGAAUUUAUACGAAUCGAAAACAAUUGUAACCGACACCAGAAAAAUUCUUGGAUACAGAACAUGUUGCUUGAUACAAGAUCUUUUAAAUGAUGAGAAAAAUAAAGGAAGCUUAACCGUAAAA